UAGCGAGUCGUCGGAAUUCAGCUAAACCGCGGUCUGUGUCGCAGUGCACGGCAUGAAGACUUAUCGCUGACCGUGUAAACCAAUGUCUGUCGAAUAUCCAACGUCCAACUUCAAGCUAACUUCACCGCGGUGUUUAUCUGGAUGUUAUUCCGUUUUCCCUCUUCCUUUUUGCGUGUUUCCAUGUUUUUUAGGGGGCGUGAACGCUUCCAAAUGACUGGGCAUCCCUUCCGGUAGAUUAGGUCAAAUUUUCCCGAGAUCCGCCAUGUCAGUUCCUGGAGAGUCUAGCUGCACAUCAAGUUUGGAGUAGUUUUGUGGUUAUUAAGUUCUAACCAGCACGUAAUUGAAACUUUACUUUGAGUGUGUGUGGAAGAAAUCCAGCUAGCUUAAACUUUAGUCGUUGGAAGGAAGUUGCUGUUGCGUUUACUUUCAGCGGGAGAGUUCGUAAAACAAAGUUUUUGUAUGAGUUGCGGAUAAGGGAGAGGCGGCGGUGGGGGAGAAAGGCCUCGAAACUUGAGACGGUAUUUCACAACCAUGGCCGGUAAUUUUGACGCCGAAGACCGAGUCAGCUGGUACUGGGGGCAACUGAGCCGCCAGGAAACGGUCUCCCUCCUCCAGGGCCAGAGACACGGAGUGUUCCUGGUGAGGGACUCGACCACCUGCCCGGGAGACUUCGUGCUGUCGGUGUCGGAGAACUCCAAAGUGUCCCACUACAUUAUUAACAGCAUCAGUAACAGCCGACAGUCCGGAUCAGGUUUGGUUCCUCCCCGGUUUCGGAUCGGGGAUCAGGAGUUUGAGGCCCUGCCGGCUUUGCUGGAGUUCUAUAAGAUCCACUAUUUGGACACCACUACACUCAUAGAGCCUUUAAGCAGGCCCAGAAACACAGGGUUCAAUGGAUCCUUCUCAGCUGGUGCUCCACAGCAGCCGGAGGAGGCAGAGUACGUCCGGGCCAUUUUUGACUUCCUCGGCAAUGAUGAUGAGGACCUCCCCUUCCGCAUAGGAGACAUCCUGCGUGUGCUGGAGAAGCCUGAGGAGCAGUGGUGGAACGCCGCUAACCAGGAGGGCCGAGUCGGGAUGAUCCCUGUUCCUUAUGUGGAGAAGUACCGACCUGCAUCACCCCCCGCUGCUGCUCUAGGUUCUGCGGUGGGGACAGCACAGGGGGGGGCAGUGCCUGGCAGCCCAGCUGGGACCCCUCUGGUCAACCCUCCGGGGGACCCUGGUCCAUAUGCUCAGCCUGUGGUCAAUAAUCAGCUCCCCAACCUGCAGAAUGGACCGGUGUAUGCACGGGCCAUUCAGAAGAGGGUUCCAAAUGCCUACGACAAAACGGCACUGGCUCUGGAGGUCGGCGACAUGGUGAAAGUGACUAAGAUCAACAUGAGUGGCCAGUGGGAGGGCGAAUGCAAAGGGAAACGAGGCCACUUCCCCUUCACCCACGUCCGACUGCUGGAGCAGCUGGACGACGAGAGCUGAGGACGCCCCAUCUCCUCGAGCCUCGCUGAGUUGUUCCUGUUACGUCAUUCCUAACAGCAGACAGGCGACGACCGACACACCUGUCUGCUGUUACUCGUAAUAAGUUUCUAUCAGAUCCUGUAGUCUCUGUUUUAAGAAGCCUCACCAACACAUUUAACGUCGGCUGCAAACGGUCUGAAACACGAGAUGAAUUAUUUUUAUUCCAGCAGUUGGGAGCAUUUUUGGAUUUGAUAUUUAUUGAUUUUAUGCACAUAAUUGCCGAUCUUUCCAGGUUAGCUCUGAGGAUAAAUGCAGGAGUUAUUUACUCUAUUGAAGAAAAAUGAAUACUUUUACUGUAAAUUAAGUUUGUUCAAAAAGACACGAGAAGAAAAAGUUUGUGUUUUGUUGCCCGAUUUUUUUUUAAGUGGGCAAAAACGUCUCAAGUCAUCAGUAAAAUGUUGGAUUUCUGCCUUGUUCUGGUGCAGGUUGUAGCAACCACUGGAUGUUCUAAUACCAAACCACAGACGUGUGCACGGGAUCAACGCUUUUAGGAUUUUCUUCCAUUUUCACACGUGGAAGCCUCAAAAAUGACCAAGUUUGUAAAAAAAAAAAAAAGAUCAACCUGUGAAACUAAUGUCAUUAAUCUUCACCAUUCCACAGAAUGAUGUUUUUUUCUACUAUUUAUAGUUUUCAUUAACUACGGACUAUUUUAAAUGCCAAAAAUGCAAACGGGCAAACAAUUGUGUAUUUUCUAGUUAUUGUGGGGGUAUCCUUUAAUUGUGGCAUAAUUGUUAUCAGCAGGACACGCUAAACUGAAGAAAAUGUUGUUUUUUGGUCAUGUGCUGCAAUUUUAAUUCAUGUUUUCCUUUUUUGUUCCAAUGCCUAAAACUGAGUUUUAAGAACAGCAUUGAAUCAUGUGAGAACAGUGAUGUCAUCUACAGUACAAACAUGAUUCUGAUCAAUAAUUAUUUAUAUAAAAUAUUCAGCAUCAACUCUUCCUGCUCAUCACUUUAUAAUUCUCCAGAAGGUUAGCUGCUCGCUUCUAAUUCAGUGGUGCCCAAACUCUGGUCCACGGCCACCCAACGCAGGGGGACCCCACCACCUUUUCUAUCCUGAGGUUGUGGGGUUACCAAGAUUAUUUUCUACCAUAAUUACAUUUAAAAUUCCAAUAAUCUGAUCAAAACCCUGCCUAAAGUUUGUAACUGAUCACUUUUAAUGUUUGUAUGCAUGUAGGAGUCUGUUAGGGUCCUUGGAUUACCAUGGAAACAGGCAAGGGGGUCCUCAAGGAAAAAAGGUUGGGAACCAAUGCUCUAGUUUAUGGCUUUUUAGCUGUUUGCUUGUUCAAAAGCAGUCAAUCUGAUCAGAAUAGGAUUGAGGGGAAAAAGCGAGAAAAUAGGCUCAUUUUCACUUUUUACUUUUUAUCAGACUGGUUGCAUGUGUUGAAACUAGGGAUGCACGAUAUAUCGGUAUCAGUACCUGUAUCGGCUUAACAUAUCGAUCCAAUAAGACUGGGCCAAUACGAUGAGAUAUUUUUCCAUCUAGGUGCCAUUUGUGCAUGUUGUUUGUUUGUUUUUUUUGGGGGGGGAUGCAGUUGUGUUGUCGUGACUCGUGACGGUGAUAGUACCAUAACUUCUGGACUAUUUGCUGCUAUUUUCUCGACACGCUUUGAACAUUGUGGUGUAAAUGAUUACGUGGCUCAUUUAUGGAGUUUACAAGCCUCGAGAUGAAAGUGACGAGACGGAGACAACGAACGGGAGACUUCGGACUGGUGUGACAAAGUUAUUCUGAGGCUGUCCGUCUCUGACAAUAAAGAAAGACUUCUAGUGGUUUUAGUGCGCAGGAGAAAGAUAAAGAUGGUGAGCAGUGACCGUUCUCGCUGGGCUAACGUACCAGUAUUUGUUUUAACCCAGCCAUGUUACAGGCAGCGGUUGGACCAGAAAGAACAUGUAAGCCACAAAGCAUUUAAAGGUCAAAUAUGGAACACGGACACCACAGCGACAUCUAAUGUGUGGAGGUUGUAGUUGCAAUAGAACAAGGUUUCCAGCCAUCAGGAUACCAGGUUCGCUGCUGGUACUUGAAAUUUUUUAUGAGUGUCCAUCACCGAAACUCUCUCUGGUUUUAGAUCUUUUAUGGUUGCUCCUCUUCUGAGAAGGAUGACGUUUUCUGAGCUCAGAAGCAGCUGCUUGACUGGCCGAGUCCGACAUUUCCACUGCCUCGCUGUGCUGAGCGGACUGUUGGUAACUCGCGAUGGCUGGUAGAGGCAAACGUACACCCAGGGCCGUGCUUCUAAAGGAAAUGCUGUACCUUCAUUGUGCACACCUCUUAAUGGCCAGUUAUUUAAAAAUAAAUUGUUCCAUAUUCAAGCUUCAGGUAAAAGUUGGAAAACGUGUAUUUGUAUCAUCUUUCUGUAUACCUUAUGUAACAGGUACAGUUAGGUGGUGGCUUAUUGUCAGGUGCUCUCAGUAGUCUGUAAAACGUAAUAAUCUCAGGAUGUAAUGAUAAAUAUCGGCCUUAACAGCAUUACUAAUAUAGAUAACUGCCCACUUUUGCAUAUCUCUACAUCUACUUGAAACCACAAAUGGAAGAUUUUGUUUUAAAAAGUGAAAAUUUGUGAUUUCUUCUUGUUUUAGUUUGAAGUCUGAAAUGUUGGAUUCUGCUUCAGGCUCACCAGACUGAAUUGAGGAUUCCAGAUGCCCGAGUCAAAUUUUUCAUGCAUGUUCAAAAUUACAGCAGCACAAAACCAGGCGUGUGAUUUGCAAUCAUUUGGAGACGUGGAAGCCUCUCUGGUGAAUGCUGAUAGAGAUGUGCUGUGCCCCGUGUGUGAGCGUGACCCUUCCUAAAGCCGUCGCGGUGUUAGUGCGGUGAUGCUGAACGAUCCCUUGUUUGGCGAACUGUCUUGCUUCCUUUUGAUGGACUUUUUGGUGUCGGUGAAACUCCAGCUCGCAUACCUCCAGCAGCAUCUGCACUAGCGGGAAAGGCCUGCCUCCUUCAUUCCUGUCAUGCUUGCGUCGCCUCGCCCGGGACUUCUGGUUCUCCGGGGAGAGGUCACCAAUUCCACACGGGAGACGACACACUGCUGCUCAUGCAGAAUCGUCCAUCUGAAGCUUUCCCUAACCAGACGGCGACUCUCCGAGCAAAACGAUGGAAUCACGAACGCGACUUCCCUAAAACACCUUCACUAACGUUUUACAAUACAAACACGUUUAUUUGUACAAAAGGUGGAUCACAACUGUUGAUGCAUACUUUAUAUGUUAAAACUGCAAGUGUUAUGUAUUUUUCUUUUGCAUAAAAUAUUGUAUUCUUUUAAAUAUAACUGUUGUGUGUGAAUUUAAAGUAAGAGACCAAUGCAUCACAGCAAGGAAGGAGAAUUUAUCAGAAGAUGCCUUACGUUCUGUCUCAUGCUUCAUCAGUUAACUCAAAACUUGAAUUAUGUAAACAACAAAAAGGCUAUUAAAACUAUUUGGUUUUUAUAUUUAA